AUGCAACCAGUCGUUUUGCUCCUGCUCCUUGUCCUCUAUGGAUCCGCUUUCGAAAUGCACGAAACACCAAGACUUGUCGGAAAUUUGGAUUACGAUGGAUCGGAGAAACAAGUUGAAAAGUGGUUGGAUAGCUUUCAUAAGGCUGCUCGUUCUGGUGACAGAAAUCAGAUUGCAUCCCAUUUUGCCGAUGAAGUCCACAUGAUGACCUGCGACGGUGGCCCGUCACGUUUUGAGAGAACUCGGUUCAAUAGAACAACCAUCAUCGAUUAUCUUGUGGCCCACGGAUCCAACGUUGUCGUGAAACUUCUGGAGUCGACACGCAGUGACCGUAGACCGAUUCAUAAGCAAGUUAACAUUUGGACCGAAUUAGUUGUGACUGGAAUCGGAAAACCAUUCUCGCCUAUGGUCAACUUUUUUGUUGUUAACGAAACACUUUUGUUUUUCGGCGGCGAAAUGAGUUAUUGUGGUUAUGGAAGACCUUCAGAAAGCACUGGAGACGGAUCAAUGAGUGUCGCCUAUGAUUUUCUGGAAUCUUUCGCAAGAGCCAUGAGAAAUCGAACAGACACUUCUGCAAUUGCUGAGCAUUUUUCAAAUGACUGGACCAUAAAGGACUACAACAGACGUGGUGAAUGCACAAAAGUUUGGAGAGACGAAACAGUCCACUAUUUGUCAACAUUCAAGCCCUAUCAUUCAAUCACUUUCCUCAUCAAUCUCGAAAACAGCUACUACGUCGAUGACUCCCAAGAUGUCAUUAAAUUGGAAACUUCGCUAUAUAAUCUCAAACCGUUCUCAGAUGGAAAAGUGAAUUCUACCAUUAUGAUGAUUGAUGGGAAAUUCAAAUGGGUUGAUAGUGAACCUUCGUGUUAA